AAACAAACAACUUUUAUUUCCGGAUUUGGCUUACCAACCUCUUCAUACUUCAUAGUCUGUUAUACUCAUUCUUGGGCCAAUUUGUUUAGUUUACUUCUAAGUAGACAAUAAUUUGUGGAUGGUUUGAAUAUGCUGUCCAAUUUAGUUAAGCAGCACCAGUCAAGGCAACAAGCUCGUAAAGAUAUUCAAGAUAAACGAAAACGAGAUGCAAUAACUGCAGCCACAGCUCUGUCACAUGUGUUGGUUGAUCACUUAAAUGCUGGAGUAGCUCAGGCUUACGUUAACCAGAAGAAGCUGGAUACAGAGACCCGCAUUCUUCAGGCCAACGCAGCCCAGUUUUCCAAGCAGACUAUGCAGUGGCUUAAACUGGUGGAAGAUUUUAAUACUGCAUUAAAGGAAAUAGGUGAUGUUGAAAAUUGGGCAAAGAGUAUUGAAACAGAUAUGAGGACUAUUUCAAGUGCCUUAGAGUACGCAUAUAGCAAAACUGAAUGAGAUGUACUUUAACUUUAUCCAAAAAGUUUGGCUGCACCAUGUUUGGAAACACUGACCAGCUUUGUGUAUACAAAGAAAUACCCACCUGUGAUGAUUUAUUGUUUCACUAGAAAAUUCCAAGACAAUUUCUCUGUGAGCAUUGUAAAAUGCGUAAUCAAAUACCAAUAAAUGUGCUUUUUUUUGUGUUGCAAGCUACUUGGGUGAAUGAAACUGUACCAGGGGUUUUUUUCACGUGCAAUAAAAAUGUUAUUUUUAAACAUUGUCAGUUUAUUAAUGAAUAAAAGUAAUCACAUAUUGUUUAAUUCCAAUGAUGAAUAAAAGUAAUUGAUCAUUAAAAUA